GAGCUGAGGACCCGGGAAGCCGGCAGCGGCGGGAGGAGGGAGUGCGCGUGCGCAUUGAGCCAGCUCGUCCAGGUCUGUCCCAAUCAUUGUAAACAGGCGGAGGCUAGGCGGGGUGGGAAUGGGGCGCCCAAGGCCGGUCAGGGGCGCAGUGCAGGAGGCGGCGAACGGGGCUGCGGCUGCAGCGUGAGCGCGAGGAGGCGGUGGCUGUGGUAGGGCUGGUGGUCGCGCGGCGGCAGGCACAGGUGUAAUGGAUAGGUAAUAGAGAAGACCACUUCCCUUUCUUGUGAGGGUAUCAGCAUGACUGAGUGCUUCCUGCCCCCCACAAGCAGCCCCAGUGAACACCGCAGGGCUGAGCAUGGCAGUGGGCUGACCCGGACCCCCAGCUCUGAAGAGAUCAGCCCCACAAAGUUUCCUGGAUUAUACCGCACUGGUGAGCCCUCGCCUCCCCAUGAUAUCCUCCACGAGCCUCCUGAUAUAGUGUCUGAUGAUGAGAAAGACCAUGGGAAGAAAAAAGGAAAAUUUAAGAAAAAGGAAAAAAGGACUGAAGGCUAUGCUGCCUUUCAGGAAGAUAGCUCUGGAGAUGAAGCUGAAAGUCCUUCCAAGAUGAAGAGGUCCAAGGGAAUCCAUGUGUUCAAGAAGCCCAGCUUCUCCAAAAAGAAGGAUUUUAAAAUAAAAGAGAAACCCAAAGAAGAAAAGCAUAAAGAAGAAAAGCACAAAGAAGAAAAACAUAAAGAGAAGAAGUCAAAAGACUUGACAGCAGCUGAUGUUGUUAAACAAUGGAAGGAAAAGAAAAAAAAGAAAAAGCCAAUUCAGGAGCCAGAGGUGCCUCAGAUUGAUGUUCUGAGUCUCAAACCCAUUUUUGGAGUUCCUUUGGCUGAUGCAGUAGAGCGGACCAUGAUGUAUGAUGGUGUUCGAUUGCCAGCCGUCUUCCGUGAAUGCGUAGAUUACAUGGAGAAGUACGGCAUGAAGUGUGAAGGGAUCUACAGAGUUUCAGGAAUUAAAUCAAAGGUGGAUGAGCUAAAAGCAGCCUAUGACCGAGAGGAGUCUCCAAACUUAGAAGAAUAUGAGCCUAACACGGUCGCCAGUUUGCUGAAGCAGUAUUUGCGAGACCUUCCAGAGAAUCUGCUUACCAAAGAGCUUAUGCCCCGAUUUGAAGAGGCUUGUGGAAGGACCACGGAGACCGAGAAAGUACAGGAAUUUCAGCAUUUACUCAAGGAGCUGCCGGAAUGUAACUAUGUUCUGAUAUCUUGGCUCAUUGUGCACAUGGACCAUGUCAUUGCAAAGGAAUUGGAAACAAAAAUGAACAUACAGAACAUCUCUAUAGUGCUCAGCCCAACCGUCCAGAUCAGCAAUCGUGUCCUGUAUGUGCUUUUCACGCAUGCACAAGAGUUCUUUGGAAAUGUGGUACUAAAGCAAGUGACGAGACCUCUGCGCUGGUCUAACAUGGCCACAAUGCCUACGCUGCCAGAGACCCAGGCAGGCAUCAAGGAGGAGAUCAGGAGACAGGAGUUUCUUUUGAAUUGUUUACAUCGAGACCUGCAGGGUGGGAUAAAAGACUUAUCUAAAGAGGAAAGAUUAUGGGAAGUACAAAGAAUUUUGACAGCUCUCAAAAGAAAACUGAGAGAAGCUAAAAGACAAGAGUGUGAAACCAAGAUUGCACAGGAGAUAGCCAGUCUUUCAAAAGAGGAUGUUUCCAAAGAAGAAAUGAAUGAAAAUGAAGAAGUCAUAAAUAUCCUCCUUGCCCAGGAGAACGAGAUUUUGACUGAACAAGAGGAGCUCCUGGCCAUGGAGCAAUUUCUGCGCCGGCAGAUUGCCUCAGAAAAAGAAGAGAUCGAACGCCUCAGAGCUGAGAUUGCCGAGAUUCAGAGUCGCCAGCAGCAUGGCCGGAGCGAAACCGAGGAGUACUCUUCCGAGAGUGAGAGUGAGAGUGAGGAUGAGGAGGAGCUGCAGAUCAUCCUGGAAGACUUGCAGAGACAAAAUGAAGAGCUGGAAAUAAAGAACAAUCACUUGAACCAGGCAGUUCACGAGGAGCGCGAGGCCAUCAUCGAGCUGCGUGUGCAGCUCCGGCUGCUCCAGAUGCAGCGAGCCAAGUCUGAGCAGCAAGUACAGGAGGAUGAGGAGCCGGAGAAGCGAGGGGGUGCAGGACCACCGCCCCGUGAUGGUGUCCUUGAGGUGAAAGCAGCUAAAGAGCAGUCAAAGUCAGGCAAAGAGCAGGUGAAGCCCUCGCCCAGUAAAGACCGGAAGGAGACGCCUAUCUGAGCAGCUUGUGGGGCAGCCGCGGAACCCUCUGGACUGCAAGGCCUUGUGCAUCUUACUGUAAUCCUGAGAGUCGGCGCGGCUCUCCUGCUGUACAUUCUGUAAAGGUUCUUCUUCUCAGAGAUUUUCUCUUUCACACAUCUGACUUCUCCUUGUCAGGCUCAGGUUCUGGGAGGAUGAAGCAAUGGAUACAUUGUGGGCGUAUAGGGGACACAUGAGUUUUCCAGAUAGUGUCAGCUUAUUUGAAAAUUAAUUUUCUUUGUUAAAAUAACUAUUUUAACCCUUGAGUGGCUUCUUUUUAAACCAAAAAUCAGUCUUUCUUUUCUUUUUAUUCACAGCAGAAUCAGGAUCUCUUUCUCAUACAAGGGGGGGAACCAAACCAGGUCACUACUGCGCCUGCCUUGUGGGUGCCCCAUUGUCUUGCCUGCCCUGCAGGAUCUCUACAGCGAGCUCCUGUGCCCUGCAGGUUUUUGGCCACUCUUGUUUGUGCCUUUCAUGCCUCUUUGGUGCAGAUUGUUCAGAGGGGAGCUGCCUCCUAUUUUCUGACUGGCCAAAAUGGCUCUGCUGGAUGUUCUUUUACUCACCCAAUAACUCCUACAGUUCUAAACCACAGUCUGUCAGCCUGAGUCACCAGGACAGCCUUGUUUGGUUGCAGACAGAGGCUGCCCAUGGAGCCUGCUGCCACCCGUGGUAGCACAGGCCCCGGUUACUCACUGCCAGGGAUCAGCAAAGGCCUUCCCACUGGGGUGGUUGAAGGUGGCCACCUUGACCUAAGGCAUCCACACAAAAGAUGUUUUUCAAACCAGAAACCUUUCACAUGACUGACCUUCCAGUAAAACAGAAUUGCUUGCUAGGGCUAGAAUGUACACGUCUCUGCCUAAAUAAGCCAUAUAUAUGCUCUUAAACAAGUUUUAAAUUAUCCCUGUCAUCUCAGAGAACUCACUGAGGACCUCCCAAUUGACAAGAGUGAGCAACAGAAAAAAAUGACUCCUUUUAAUGAUAGCUGCGACUCACCCUACCCUGUUUUUGCUUCUGGUCCAUCAGAUCAGGUGGCUGCUCCAAGGCAGAAGCCAGGCUCUAAGGCAACUUGAUUUGGUCACCCUCUGUCAUAUGAGUGGCACCCAUGAGAGGUCAAACCUGUGGCUCUGAAGACAAACCACACACGCACUAAGGUGAUGGGAACAAACCCCACACGAGGGCUCUAUGCUCCACCUCCUAGUUAGUAUUUAUUUUCAUCACCUGUUUGAUGUGGUUUUUUAUCCUCUGCCUAUUGCACUGUUGUAACUUGUUGGCCAUUAUUUGAUUUUUGUACGAAAAAAAGCUUUGUUAUAGAAAUCAGCAUACUAUUUUUUUAAAUCUGGAGAGAAGAUAUUAUGGUGACUGAAAAUAUGGUCAGGUGUCAAAUAUAAAUGUAUAAAUGCCUUCUUGCUAUCCUGUCAGACAUACUACAUUCAUUUUAUAUUUGCUGGCAAUAUUAAAGUUUUCUUUUUUGUUUGUGUAAACUCUUAAUUUCUACCAAGGUAUCAUGGAUUUUUAAAAUUAGUACUUCAUUACAAUAUUUCAACAUUGGUUAACUAAUUUUUGCCAGGACCAUUAUUGAUCAAGCAAAUAAAUUCAACAGCCAUUUGGGAAAAAAAAAUAAAAGGUUUCUAGUAUUUUUGUACAGUUUGUGCUAGCGGCUGUCUUCUGCCUUUCCUUACAUCCGUGCUUGCUGUUGAGUGAGCCUAUUUGCAACCCCAGCGGACUGGGGCUGGGCCUGCAGUUCAUUUCUGUGGGCAGCUGUCUGACUCCACUUUAGCUCAAGUUGGGUGGCCUAGCUUGGCCCCAGGUGUUGCAGUUCAUAGACGUAAAAUGAGGACUCAGCAUAGCCAGCAUG